GCUAUAUUGGAGAGUUUGAGAUAGUAGAUGAUCAUCGUGCAGGCAAGAUUGUCGUAAAUUUAACAGGUCGUCUUAUCAAAUGUGGUGUCAUCUCUCCCAGAUUUGAUGUUUCUAUACAUUCAAUUGAAAAGUGGACCACCAACCUUUUGCCAUCUCGUCAGUUCGGGUAUGUUGUUCUUACAACAUCUGGAGGUAUCAUGGAUCAUGAAGAAGCAAAAAGGAAGCACCUUGGUGGCAAGAUAUUAGGAUUCUUCUUCUAAUAAAAAUGAGAUGAAA